AUGGCGGAAGAAACUCAAGCUACAGACACUGUUCCUCAAAUCUCCUUCAAGAAACGCACCAACAAGGCCAAAGCCAACUUCCGCAAGAAGCCCGAUACGCCGCCACCUGCUUCAGAUUCCGACUCGGAUUUCACAUCGUCCGAUGACGAGGAAGGUCGCCGGAUCAAACGACGGCGCAAGAACGCUGCAGUGACUGCCUCUUCGGCUACAGCUGGCCCGCGCAGAAAUACAGUCGAAGACCAACCCGCCACCGAAGCAGCCGCUAUUCCCUUGACCUCGAGUAACGAUGCGACCAAGCACUCCAACUGGUAUGACGAGGAGUUGAGUGAGAAGAACCUCUUAGGGACGACAAGAACUCGGCCGGCAUCAGGCGCUCCAUCUGCGCCCGAUGGCACCUACAAGGGCGCCGCGAACUAUUCGUCAUUCAUCCAGAAGAAUCCCAAUGCGCCUACCAAGCAGUUUGGUCCUAUCAAAGCGCCUACCAACGUCCGUACGGUGACAGUCAUGGACUUUGCGCCUGAUGUAUGUAAGGACUGGAAGCAGACUGGGUUCUGCGGUUUUGGAGAUUCCUGCAAAUUUCUUCACGCUCGAGAGGACUACAAACAAGGCUGGGAGCUGGACCGAGAAUGGGAGAUUGGUACAAAAGGCAAGCAAUUGAGUGGUCGGGUCGUCUCGAAACGAAGCGGCGACGCGAAGAGUGCCGAAGACGAUGAGGAUGAUGAUGACGAAGAACUUCUCGAGAGCAUUCCAUUUGCAUGCAUCAUCUGCAAGAGCUCCUAUAAAAGUCCUAUCAUUACGAAAUGCGGCCAUUACUUUUGCGAGUCAUGCGCCCUGCAGCGAUAUCGGAAGAACCCCUCGUGUGCUGCAUGCGGGGCAGGCACUGGUGGCGUCUUCAACGUCGCAAAAAAGCUGAAUCACUUGCUGGACAAGAAGAGGGAGCGUGCGAGAAAACUACGAGAACAAGCGAUUGCGGAGGGUGAGGAGGUCAGCAGCGAUGAGGAGGAGGGUGAUGAGGAGACCUAA